GGGAGCGGAAGUGACGUCCAUGGUCUUGUUCGGUUCCGUGUUUACAUGCAGUCAGCUCUCGGAAAAAUGUAAAAGUAGAGAUGUAGAACACGGUGGAGACGAGGGAAAAUUGAGGUACUGUUUUCAGUCUCUUGAUUUAGGUGUUUAAGUUGCAAAUAUGUCUUCUGCCUGUCCACCUCAGUCACCAGCUGUUGCAAAAACAGAGAUUCCCUUGGACAGUGGGUCACCUUUGUUGGCUGCUACUUUUGCAUACUGGGACAACAUUCUUGGUCCGAGAGUGAGACAUAUCUGGGCUCCAAAAAGCGAACAGCUGCUGCUAAGUGAUGGAGAAAUAACAUUUUUGGCAAACCACACCUUAAAUGGCGAGAUUCUUCGGAGUGCCAAAAGUGGAGCUAUCGAUGUCAAAUUUUUUGUACUGUCUGAGAAAGGUGUAAUCAUCAUCUCGUUGAUAUUUGAUGGUAAUAUGAAUGGUGACCGUAGUACUUAUGCUCUGUCAGUGAUAUUGCCACAAACUGAACUGAGUUUCUACCUACCUCUGCACAGAUUGUGUGUGGACAGACUAACACACAUUAUUAGAAAAGGAAGAAUAUGGAUGUAUAAGGGACAGAGCAUUAUAUCUUUCUUAACAACAGAGAUCACACCUGUCAUGGAGUUAUUUUCAUCCAUGAAAACACAUGGCGUUCUUGAACAAGUUCAAAUUAAGGAUACCCUUUUGAAUGAUGAUGAUAUUGGUGACAGCUGCCGUGAAGAUUUUCUGCACAAGGCCAUUAGUUCUCACUUGCAGACAUGUGGGUGUUCUGUUGUCAUAGGAAGCAAUCCAGAAAAAGUGAACAAGAUGGUUCGAACAUUGUGCCUUUUCUUGCCUCCAACUGAACGAAAAUGCUCACGACUUGCUAAUGCCUGUGGUUCUUUCAAAUAUGAUUCAGGUCUCUUUAUUCAGGGCCUUUUAAAGGAUGCUACUGGUAGCUUUGUGCUGCCUUUCCGUCAAAUUAUGUAUGCUCCAUACCCAACCACGCACAUUGAUGUUGAUGUGAAUACAGUGAAGCAGAUGGCCCCAUGUCAUGAACACAUUUAUAACCAGCAGAAUUACAUUAGCCAGGAACUUCACAAACUGCAAAAGACUGCAUCAGAAGAAGAUGUGAUGCCUGAUACUGUAAUACAUAUGGAUGAGAGUUUUACUCCUGAUCUGAAUAUCUUCCAGGACAUGAUGUAUCGAGAUACAUUGGUAAAGUCGUUUUUAGAUCAGAUUUUUCAGCUCAAAUCAGGCUUGACCCUCAGGAGCAUUUUUUUGUCACAGUUCCUCCUUGUUCUUCACAGAAAGGCUCAAACAGUGAUAAAAUACAUUGAGGAUGAAACCCAGAAGGGAAAGAAACCAUUCAAAUCCUUGCGCAAUCUGAAAACUGAUCUUGACCUUGCAGUGGAAGGUGACUUGGCUAUUAUCAUGGCUAUAGCUGAGAAAUUAAAGCCAGGCUUACAUUCAUUUAUUUUUGGAAAAUCUUUCUACACAAGUGUACAAGAACGUGAUGUAUUAAUGUCACUUUAGAGACAAGUGUAUUGCAUUUCACAUUGUGAAUGAUUAUGUAUCUGCUUAUUGCAGAUAGCUAAUUAACAUGAAGAUGUAAUUAUGAUAAUGCAUGUAUUGAAUUAGUGUCAAACCAACAAAUAGUUUAGAAUGUUUGUAUUUGACACAACCAUGGAGCAGCAGUCCAUAAAUAAAACUUAAUAGCACUGAACCUAGGAAGCCAAACUGUGGUGGGAAAUUAAACAACUAAUCAGAGGAAGAGGCUCCACAAAUGUCCCAAACCUCAAUGGGAGAUCCCAUCACAUCAUUGCUAAAUAUGAAGUUGGCGUCUACAGCCGCCUUCAGUCAUAAUCCUAUUAGAAUGCAUCAUAUUAAUAAACUAUGUAUCAAACGUAAGAAUGCUUAGUUCCAUAUCUAUGUGAGAUGAUUUGAAUGCGUCUCAAUAGGAAAAAAUCUCUUGUCCUGAUUGCCCUUUCUGCAAAACUGGAAUCAGAACACCUUGCCCAUGAGCACAUCUUAUGCAAUCUCGGGUUUUACCUAGUGCAAAAUAACAUUGAUAGAAUCCAGUACUCCAAGGCUAGCAUGUUCUAGGGUAUUUCAAAUCCAUACUUUUCAAAGUUUUCAGAACAUACAUACUUAUUUUCAUUGAUUAAGAUUAGAUCCCAUACAGAAGUGUGCAAACAUAUAAUGGCUGAACUAAGAAACCUUCACCUUUCCGUAUUUGCAUUGACAACAUCUCAGCAUCUACACUGUAAAACUCCUUCAAGAUCUUUGUUUUAAUUCUCCAGCUCAUUACUUAACUCUAAAUAACAUAGGCACAUUUAUUUGCACUAUGUUCUCUCGGGACAGUCCUCCCAUCCCAACAAAACAAUUUGGUGAUUGUUGGUUGCUUCGUUCCUAAGGCAUAUAUAUCCUGCCCUUGGUAACAAGACCAAUAAGCCAUUUCGGGUGUUGUCUCACCAAAGCCAUAUAAAUUGUAGCAAGUCCUCCAUGUCUUGUGCUACAAACCCCUUGCAAAGACAAGUCAUUUGUUGCCCUCAGUACUUGCUGUGCGUGCUUUUAGCUUCAUGAUUUUUGUUGUAAGAACCUUGUGUCCUUUUCCUUGCUUCCAACUUUAUAUUAGAUUUGUCACCCUUAUGUCCAAUAAUAUAGCUGAAAUAUAUUCCUUUGCAACCUUUUUGCAUUUUCCUCACAAAUUAUUUUACACUUAAGUUUUCCAUCGACUGUUUGAGAAUUUAAUGGAAGAAACUGAAAUAGAAGUUUGUACCAAGGUGGGGGGGUGGGGGAGGGAGUACGAUGUUUGAUUGUCUGAACAACCAAAUUUUUUUAAACAGGAAAUCUGUUAUUACUUAGGAUAGAUUAUGAAUGUCUCUACUAUCACCACUAGGUAUCUAACUGAGUUGAUUGAUGAAAUAGCUGAGUAAAUUGCUCAGCUGUAUCAAACACUUAGAAAAGAAAACAAAAAUAGAACUAAGAUCGACAACUUGGUUGUGACCUGGGCAUCAAAUCAAAAUGCAAUAAAGGAAUACCAAACUGUGGUGUUCCCCACAGUUCUCCUGAGAAAUAGGAGCAGGAAUAAGCCAGUCAGCAGCAAGAGCCUGCUCCGCCACUCAUUAAGUUCAUGGUUGAUGAUCUACCUCAGCUCGACUUCCUGCGCACUAUUCCUGAGUGAUCAAAACCUACUUUAUUUUAAUUGAAUAUAUUCAAUAUCUCAAUUCAGAGCAUACUCGAGAGUUUUCCAAAAUGCCUCUUCAUCUCAGUCCUAAAUUGAGCAAUUCUGAAGUUGUGACCCCUAGUUUAUAACUCCCCAGAUAGAGGAAAGUCUAUCCACUGUCACUUCUGUUGGGCUGUUUUAGAAUUUCGUAUGUUUUGUUGAGAUCACCUUUCAUUCUUCUUAACUCUAGAAAAUAUAGCUUUAGGUCAUUCUGUCUCUUCUCAUAAGAUAAUUGUCCCCAUUACAGGAAUCAGCUCAGUUAACCUUUCCUGGACAGCAUAUAUUUCCUUGAGGGUAUAAGUAAAACUAUUUGUCAUGCUCUAGAAAUAUCUUUGCAUAGGGUGAAUGUUAUAAGGAUGGAUUAUACAGUCUCUCUUGUAACAGUUAUUGACAACACACCAACUAGAAACCCAGCUGUCAUGCACAGUAGUAUACUAAGAACAGCCUUAAGAGUUGGUCUUCUAUGUUCAGCUCGGAGGAAGCCCUGCUGUACAAAGACUCUGGCCAGUGUUGGGUUGUGACUCCUGCUGGAACUACAGUCACAAGCCAGAGAAGUGUUAUGGAUGCUAGUGUGCCAUGAAGUUUGGAGAUUUUGGAUGGACAGCCUGGAGGGCACAAAAGAAGAUGUGUUAACUAUUUGGCCUCCAAAAAGCUUCAAUAGGCUCACGCACAGAUAUACUUUGGGAGACAGAUCUCAGGUGGACAAGAACUUGAUGGGCAAACCACCAGUUUUAUUUUUUGAGCUCCCUGACCUUCAAAUACACUGGUCUAAGUGGGGUGUAAAAUUCACUACCUUGGGUGGAUUGUCAUCAGGAUCAAGAAGUUGACUUUUUUUUUCUGUGUCAUCAUUAAGAACACAUCUUUCCAAGUCAUAGCAUCUCCUGAAUCCAACCUUGCCUCAGCUUCUCUGGUGAUUCAUCAUCUAUGCCUUUGUAAGCCCCAGACCUGAUUAUUUAAACACAUUUUUUCCUGACAUACACAUCCUACAUCCAAAUUGAACCCAUCUAAAAGUCUGCUGCCUUUGUACUGACUUGCACAAAAUUCCACUUGCACAUCAACCCGUUACUGGCUGACCUCCAGUGGUUAAGCAAAACCUUUUUAGAAUUUUCAUUUUUGUUUUCAAGUCCCUCCAUAACUUCACCCCUUCAAACAGUCUCUACCUUUCCUUCCAUCUUCAGCCCCCUGAAAUAUCUGGUCUCUAAUUCUCACCACUUGAGUAUCCCUGAUUUUAAAGACUCCUCUAUUGUUGACUAUAUCUUCAGUUGCUUAUGCCACAAAGUUCAGUUGCAUCCCUAAGCCAUUUCUGUAUCUCACUUUUCUCCUCAAAGGUACUCCUUAAAAUCUUCCAUUGUCACCAAGCCAUAGGCCAUCUGGCCUUGUCUUAUGUGAUUUGGUAUCAUUUUGUUUUCCAAUGCCUCUAUGAACUGUCUUGGGAUGUUUCCUUAUGUAAUUACACCAUAUAAAGAAGACUGCUGGUUUUUGCACUUACUCACUCAAUUCUGGAAUUUGGUACCAAAUUUCAGGUGCCAACUCCAUGGACCAGUGAAGCAAUAGCCUGUCAUAAUAACAUUCACAGUCAUCUCUUAGUCAGAAUGCUGGAGCCCUCAAGCCCCUGAAUGUGGGCUGUCCACUUACAGGAAAGAUAUAUUAUGCUUAUACAGUAAGGGAGGGUUUGGUUUGGCCUUGGGAGUACUCAACAUUGAUUCUUAAUCCCAGGAAUACAGUUUAAGGGCAAAAGCAUACUUAUCAAAAUUAUUUUUCUAGCAGCCAAUUAUAUUUGUUCCACCCCAUAUUGAACAAAUAGUGACACACCAAAUCCAGCUUAUUACUUCAUUGAUGCUUGAUCAAAAUUCUUACCUACAGCAUUGUUGGAACAUAUGACAUAAAUUGCAGUGGUUUAAGAAGACAGCUCACCACUAGGCUGUCAAGGACAACGAGGGAUGGACAAUAAAUUGACCUUGACAGUGACCCCCUGUAAUGAAUACAAAUAUAACAAACAAUAUAAUAAACAAUCAAAUGGUAAUUAAAUUAUUUCUACCAUGUGUUUGCAAUGUGGUUUCGAACUCUUGUUAAGUACGUUAUGCCAUGAAACUUUGAAACAUCAUGUAUAUUCCAGCAGGGACAUGUCAUCUCUCAUUUUUGCUGUGUAUCAAAUAAGGGACAAUAGUUUCCCCAAUAGAAUGGUGAUAAUAUAUUUUAGAAAACGGCAUUCAACUUGUUAAAAAAUAAUUUUAAAAAAUAUAUUGUUGGAAGUUCUUAAGAUCAGGAACAAAAACAGAAGUUGCUGGAAAGUUCAGCUUCUGUAAAGAAAGAAGUCAGACCUAAUGUUUGGGUUCUUUGACCCUUCCUCAGAACUAUUUUUUUUGAUACCAGCAAAAUGUUGGUUUAUGUGCAGAAAAUAGGGAGGGGGAUGGGGUAGGGAGUAAAUGAUUGCAUAAAGGAUAGAGUCCAAAGAGUGAGAAGAGCAAUUGGAUACACAAAGGAGUUGAUAAUGAUCUGAUUAGGAUGGUAAAUAGCUGUUAAUGGGGACUGUUAGUGACUAACUGUAGAUGAUGUUAAGAUCAGGAACUGGUUAAAUCUCUGAUCUGUUGUGAAUUUGACUUCUGUUUGCUGCAUGAAUAAGAUACCUGAGUUUUUUACAUUAAAAGUCCUAAGAUCCUUAGUGGAAAUGAGUUGAGAUGAAUUUUAUUGAUGUAUUCUAUCGCUCUUCCCACUCCAACUUGAGUAAAGUCUGUCCACAUUUAAAAUUAUGAAAUAAAUGAAAUCUUUUACCUGG